AACAGUGGCAAUUUAAUUCAAAUAAGAGUAGUAUUUGUUGUACCAUAGGUUUAACAAUAUAUUUAUACGUGUUGUACUUUGGACAGCUGAAGAAAACGUUAAGUGAUGGAUUUUGAUCUGAGUAAAGAAAUGCAGCCUUCUAUAGAACUCCAGAUUGAGUUAGAGAAACAAAAAGAAGAGAUUGAGAGUGCUAUAAGGAAUUACAACGGAGAGGAUCCCUUAGAUAACUACUACCAUUAUAUUUCCUGGGUAGAACAAAGCUAUCCGAAACAUGGGCACACAGGAAAUUUAGUUGCACUUUUAGGACAUUGUUUGGGAAAAUUUGAGAAUGAUGCCAGAUACUCUAAUGAUAGACGGUUUUGUAAACUAUGGAUCAAAUUCAUUGACUUGCAAGAAAAUCCGAUCGAGCUUUAUAACGUUAUGCACGCUCGAAAUUUGUGUCGUGGGUGGGCCGAUUUAUACGUGGCAUGGGCCCAUUACCACGAAGUGGUCGGAGAUUUCCUGGGUGCGAAUAACGUUAUAGAGCUGGGAAAAAGGGCUCUGGCAAAUCCAAAUACACAAAUAGAUGAGGCCCAUAUAAGCCUUUUGAAGGCUGUUGGACAAUAUCAUCUUCACGGACCUGACGUGGCUCGCCGUUGUCUCAUCAAAAAAAGGCAUGCGCUCACGUCUCUUAUAAGCUACAAACCGGCCAGGGGGGAAAGCGUGCGCUUGGCGACUGGGAACGGGGCAGGCGUCCUGCCAUCUUUCAGCAUCCUGAGCGUUGCUCGCAGGAGUACGGUUCACGAAGACAAAACCAAAAGCCCGGAACAACUUGACUUCCAUGAGACCGUCCCGCGCAAAAAUACGAUGAACCACUCUCAUCUCCACCAUGGUUUCGAUAGUGUAAUUAGCCCUUCAGCAGCGGGGCCAUCUUCUUCCACCAGAAGAACCGGGAAAGAAGAUCCAAGUGUAAUGAGCUCUUCAGCAGCGGGGCCAUCUUCCUCCACCAGGAGAACCAGGGAAGAAGAUCCAAGAACGCAAAUUAAGCGCAAGCUUUACAUAAAAUGUGUUCAAAACCCAACCCAACCCACCGCUUCUUCAGCCGAAGAAGAAGAAGAAGAAGAAGAAGAAGAUCCAAGUAUGCAGAAAUUCACCUUCGAAGAGAUGCGACUACUCGUCUCCGUGGCGCUUCGAGAUGAAGUAAAACAAUACAUGACAUGCAGGACUGCGUGGACCAUUUUAAAAAGGUUACCCGAAAUUAAAGGGAGUAGUUUGGCCGCACGUAGGCCAAGAGGGUUGGUGAGAAAACUGAAGAGUUUAGAUUAUAUCGAUUUUAACAUGCUGGGAAUAAAGGAUAAGGAGAAAUGUUAUCUUCGUAGAGCCUUCAAGCCAACAAAGCAUAUGAAAAAAAAAAGGUGUUCGAAGAAAUUUCAGGAGGAACUACGUGCGACAUUAACGGCGCUUGUGCCACCAGAGUCGCCGCUUUCGAACGACGAAUGAAGUAUGAAAAAAAAUCAAGAAAAAAAAUCAUAAAAAAAUGGAAACAAAAAAAAAUCGAGGGGACACAAAUACAAAUCAUUUCUAACUGAGAGUGUUUCCAUUUCGUGGUGUUUGUGUUUUAGUUUUUUAAGAACUUGUGCCAAUUUAUGGACUAUAUGCACAAAGCCAGAGCAAACGCGUUGAAAUUUGUCAAUACCUACCUUUGCCAAUUGGAAUUUGACAGCCCAACAGGUAUUUGUUACCUAAACUACUAUAUGGAUUAAUUAAUCUUAAUAAGUAAAGCAUAUGAAGAGGUUAGAAUAGAAUUUGCAAUGGCAUUACCGCAUCAGGCCACAGUUAACCCGUAACCGGUACGGUACGACUUUCAGGACAUAAACGGUACUAAGGGGUCUGAGAGACACCUGCCUUUUAAAAUUAUAAUUUAUAUUAUUUUUUUUAUCUGAGGCUUUGGGGAUACAAGGAACUAUAUAUAAAGUUAGAAUAUCACCAAAAAUAAUACCUAAAUAAAAGAAAAAUUUAAACAAAUAGGUUUUAAUCAAAACAUGUACAUAAAGUGCAGUAGUGCAAACUUUGUGAUUAAACUAUAAAAAAUAUUAAACCAAACAAAAUAAAACGAUCUUUAUUUCGAAGAAUAUACCUU